AUGAUAUAUGCGCCCCAGCUUAUGACGUACUCUGAAGAAAAGCUAGUAGAAGAAUUAAAAGAUCAAGGCAUAAUAAGAAUUGAAAGAAUGAAGAAGAAGAUAAAUGGAGUCCUUGUCCCACUCCCCAAUUUGAUUGUUACAUUCAAUUCCAGCCAUUUGCUUAGCAUAGAAAAAGCAGCCGGGUUACGUUUCAAGGUCAAACAAUAUAUACCAAGACCGAGGAGAUGUUUUCAUUGCCAAGAAUUUGGACAUAUGUUGGGGUCUUGUAGACAGAAACUGCAAGGGAAGCCUGCCACUUGUGUCAAAUGUAGUGAACCAGAGCAUGGCAUAUGUAAUAAGCAAGCCAGAUGUAUAUAUUGUGGAGACAGUCAUCCAUCAUCGUCACUUACCUGUGAUGUAUACAUCAUGGAAAAAGAAAUUCAAACAUUAAGGGUAACUGAACGUAUCACAUUUAGAGAGGCAAAAGAGAGAGUGUUGAAUCAGUACGUUAUACUAGGAAUAUCUUUUUCUAGUGUUGCUGCCAACCAAAGAAGGAAAACCAAUGUUACCAAAAACAAUGUAAGUAAAAAACCUGUAACGACCUGUACUCAUGCAUCUUUGGAGGAGGUGCCAGUGAUUGUUGGUGCUUGUGCCUCUUUGGAGGCUGUGCCAGUGAUUUCUGGUGCUCCUGCCUCUUUGGAGGCUGCGCCGGUGAUUUCUGGCGCUCCUGCCUCUUCGGAGGCAGUGCCAGUUGAUUCUGGAGACUGA